AUGCCUUCAACAGUACAAGACAAGGCCGUAAAGUCGUUCAUCAAGCGCAAACGCUCCGAAAGCGGCGAACCCAUCAAGAAGCGCAAAAAGUCCGAGGCCGGCGACGAGAAGGAAGACAUCGCAUCGCAAAUCCAGAACCUCGAAUCCCAAAUCAACGAGUCCAGGAAGCACUACAACAACAUCGCUACCCUUAUCGAAUAUGCCGAGAAGCAGAAUGAAGACCCCAAGACCGCCAUUUCCGCCGCCGAGGCUCUGUGCCGCGUGUUUGUCCGUCUUCUCGCCUCGGGCAGUUUGGUGAAGAAAAAGGAUGCUUCGGAGAAGGACGCCACUGUCGCAAAAUGGCUUCGGGAUCGCCUGACGGACCACCACAAGGCUCUUGUCGCCAUGUUCAAGAGUACCAUGCAUGCUACCCAGGCUCUUGUUUUGGCCAUGGCUUUGUUGAAGGCGGAGGCCCAGUACCUGGAGGGCAAGGACGAGGCCGUCUUCCCGUGGCCUCUCUUCAAUGCCAUCAUCAGUGCGCUCCUCACGUCACCGGUUGAGGAGGUGCGUGAUGAGUUCUGCGACAAGUUUAUCGACGAGUACGAUGACAUCAGGUUUUACACUUUCGAGGGAAUUAAGGACUUCCUCACAGAACGCCAGUCGGUCGAUGAAGAGCUACAAAACACCGUUUUCGAUUUCCUCCUCAAGAUGGAGGAUGUUCCAGAGUCAUCCGAAGACCUCGAGGACUUCUACAUCGAGCAACCCAGCAAGAAGAAGCACCCACUACGAUCUCUGUCACAGCAUAAGAAGAGGGCACAGGAAGCCUGGCUGGCUCUAUUCAACCUGGGUCUGAGCAAGGAGCAGAGAAAGAAGGUUUUGGACGUCAUGGCAUCCUCGAUUGCCCCAUGGUUCAUCAAGCCCGAGCUCCUCAUGGACUUCCUUACUGACUGCUACAACACUGGCGGCUCCAUCUCCCUCCUGGCCCUCUCGGGUGUUUUCUACCUGAUCCAGGAACGCAACCUCGACUACCCAUCUUUCUACCAGAAGCUUUAUUCCCUGCUGGAUACCGACAUUCUCCACUCCAAGUAUCGCUCACGCUUCUUCCGCCUCCUCGACACCUUCCUGGGCUCCUCCCAUUUGCCCGCUGUCCUGGUGGCAAGCUUUAUCAAGCGUCUGGCCCGUCUCGCCCUCAACGCACCACCAAGCGCCAUUGUUGUCAUUGUUCCAUGGUUCUACAACCUUUUCAAGAAGCAUCCUCUGACUACAUUCAUGAUGCACCGUGUGCCGCGCACUAAGGAGGAAAAGGAUUUGAUCGAGACAGAAGGUGUUCUUGACCCUUUCCUCCCUGAUGAGCAGGAUCCUAUGGAGACACACGCUAUUGACAGUUGUCUGUGGGAGAUUGUCCAGUUGCAGUCGCAUUACCAUCCCAACGUUGCAACUAUCGCCAAGAUCAUCUCUGAGCAGUUCACAAAACAGUCUUACAACCUGGAGGAUUUCCUGGACCACUCUUAUGGCAGUCUUAUCGACGCGGAGAUGUCCAAGGAAGUCAAGAAGGCUCCGGUCAUCGAGUUUAUGAUCCCAAAGCAUAUCUUCACCAAGGCCGAUCCCGGCACAGAGCAGAUCGACAGCCCGCUAGUCAGUCUAUGGGAUUUUGGUUCCUCGUAA